AUGCUCCUUUCCAUUGCGGCCAUUGUCACCCCGCUCGGUCUAUACGAAGCGAUUAUCCCCGGGUCUCCCACAUUAGAGCGGUUCCAGUAUAUUCCCGACGGAGGCAUAUUUGGGAUAGGCACCCCAGCGAGGAAUGAAAGUGUCCCCUGGAGUCGCGUCUGCGGGGCUCCCGCGAGACCUUUUACGUGCCCGGAUCUAACGCGAGUGACACCCUCUAAUAAUCGCUCUGUCGACAAAAGUAUACCGCAGGAGACAGUGGAUCUUUUCACGAGCGGCAUCCCAGCUUCCAGCAACUCUGUAUCAAGUAUAUUUGAUAUCCAAUGGCGUUCGUGGUCGUGGACAAAAAUAGCUACCACCAGCAAUCAAACCAGUCGAAGCAACAGCUCUCUACCAAUGGAUCCUUCGUCCAACGAACCGUAUCCUAUCGGAAUUUAUAGGCAGAUUUCGACUCUGAUCUUGGAUGACAGCUAUGAAGUGAUAGAGGGUCUUGUAGUCGACGCAAAGAAUGGGGGUGUCGGCUUUCGAAACCACAGCGCACCGCCGUUGACGACUUACGGGAGUACCUGGACCGAGGACCUUCUGUUCAUCCAACCUGUCUCAAGAUGUGUUGAUACCAACCUGACCUUGGACUAUACAAUACCAGAGAACGAUGUGCGCUCAAUAAAUAGCAGAAGUCCCUUGACCGUGACAGACCGAGGCGGCUUUUCCGAAUUGAAUACGGUUAACCCUGAGUGGGAUCGGGCGAGGGUGCAAGCAGAUCCGCAACUGUGGAAGCGCGCCUAUCAGGCAGCCUGGUUUUCCAAUGUUUUCGCCAUGGGCAAGUUCAACGUCAGCAAUGUAACCGUAGGCAGCGAUCCUGAGAAGCCUCUACACCUGCACGGGAGAACCUCUAUGCAAGGGAAACAAGAAUUCCCGCUCUCGCAAACAACAGCCCAUGGCUGUAGCAUCGAUCUCCACAAUCCUGGGACUAUUGCUCCCAACCAAUUUGGGUGCUAUGCGGCAAACAACAGUGGCGGAGUGCCAGAUGAUGGGACGUUCGAGGCUGCUCCUCGUUUGAUCAAGAAUCUUUGUGAAGGUGGAGACUUCGACAUUAGCCGCGGAACGAUUGGAAACAUCGCCACAUACUGUUCCCUCAUACUGGGUGCGUCAUUGAGAUCCGACAGCGUUGAAGACGACUGGCCCUUCCACUCCGCCGGCUCAUCCUGGUCCAAGCCUAUGUACUCCUGCGCAAUGGCCAUAGAAGCAACCAUCAAGUCCGUCACAUUCAGCUACAAUACCACUGAUGAUCUCACAGGGCUAAGCGUCCUGAACAUCACGGACAAGGACUACCAGAGUGAGGCCGACCACCCCGUGUGGGGAGUCGAGAAUCUUUCGGUCAUAGGAGAGUAUUGGAUGAUUCCGCUAUGGGGUCUCGUGUCCCACGAAGCCGCGGCGAAUUACCCCAGUGACCGGCUCAAGACAGUCCAGAAACCAUCCCUCUUUCUCCCUCGGAUGACGUCUUUGUCUCGGUCAAGCGGCGUUGCCACACAGAGUCGUCAGAAUCUGCCGGGCGUCGAGUUUCCAGACUCCGGGCUCGGCGCCAUCGCUUCUAUGGCAUAUAGCACUCAGGGACUGGCAGAUUACACUGGUGAAGGAAACCUUGCCUUGGCACAGCAGUGGAGUAAACUGUCAAAGUCAGCGGAGUCAAUGACCAAGGCCCUGAAUCUGGUUUGGACAGAUUACGCAGCGAACGCCGUGGUCGGGACAAAUGGGAGUCCGGGCCCACGAACUACAAUGCUUCGGCCCGUCUCGACGCGCCGUCCCACCAUACGCUACGACCUUGGCUAUGCCGUGCCCGCAAUUGUGGUUUUCGCAAUUCUGCUCUUGAACUCCUCCCUGGUUGUCGUUAGUCUUCUUGUGGGCCGUGCAACACUCUCCAAGAUGAGACGGUACCUUCAUGCUACCUCCGCUGGGAGACUCAUGGCUUUUGCUUCUGUGCUACCCCGCUCGGUCACUGCUGCUAGACAAGUCGACAAUGAUACACCGACUGUUGAGUGGCUAGAGUCUGUGGGAAGGAGCGAAGUUGUAGCUGGGAAGACCAUGCCAUUGUCAUGA